AUGAACCUCCCGUCAAGUCUCAACAGAUUAGUUAAAUCACAAGUAAAAAUGAGUGGCUUCAAGCUCUGGUGGAUUGAAGGAGCAUUCGCUAUUUUACUGCUAUUAGUUCCUGGAAAUUUAGGAUGGGGUAAAGAAGGACACUAUGCGACUUGUAAAAUUGCCGAGUCAUUCCUUUCUGAAGAAGCUUUAAAGGCAGUGAAAGAAUUGCUUCCAGAAACUGCUGAAGGUGAUCUGGCUUCUGUUUGUUCUUGGCCUGAUGAAAUCAAACACCGUUAUAACUGGAGGUGGACUAGUGAAUUGCAUUAUGUUGACACCCCUGAUUUUAGAUGUAACUAUGAUUACUGCAGGGAUUGCCAUGAUUCAUCUGGAGUGAAAGAUAAUUGUGUUACUGGAGCAAUUUAUAAUUACACUGAGCAACUUGUUACAGGCUAUAAUGCUUCAAACUCAGUAGUCAACUAUAAUUUGACUGAAGCACUUAUGUUCCUUUCUCAUUAUAUUGGGGACGUGCAUCAGCCGCUACAUGUUAGUUUUACUAGUGAUGAAGGUGGAAACACAAUAACAGUCCGAUGGUAUAAAAGGAAGACCAAUUUGCACCAUGUUUGGGAUAGUGAUAUAAUAGAAUCUGCAAUGAAAACAUUUUACGACAAGGAUCUCGAUGUCAUGAUAUCAGCAAUUGAGAAAAAUAUUUCGGACACGUGGAGUAAUGACAUCUCAUCUUGGGGAAAUUGUACAUCUGGCGAAGAAGUUUGUCCGGAUCCGUGGGCUUCCGAAAGCAUUAAAUUUGCAUGCAAUUAUGCCUAUAGAAAUGCUACGCCAGGAACCACUUUAGGAGAUGAUUACUUCCUCUCGCGUUUACCGGUUGUGGAGAUGAGGCUGGCGCAAGGCGGGGUCCGUUUGGCGGCAACACUUAACCGAAUCUUUGAUUCACGGCCUUCAAUCGCACACAAAUUGGCAUCUUUUGGGAAUAUCCAACCCACGUGUCAAAUUGCUUCAAGCUGAAAAGUGAAAACCCCCCCCCAAAUAUUUACAAUGUGUAGACUUUUGAUGGAAUUUAAAGAAGCAUCGUUUUGUUUAUGAAUCUGUUUCUAAUUUAAUGUAUUAUGUAUAAUGUAUUAUGAUAUGUGUGUCUUCUUUAAAAUAUUUAAAAAGUUACAUUGAC